CCACCGGAUUUGAAACAGAGCCACAGACAAACAAGUUUGAAUACAGUUGCUUAACAACAUCAAAGAGCAAAUAAUCAGAUCCUUAUAAGAAGAUUUGUCUAGCCUCACCACUGCGUUUAAAAUAACAACCUUCUUCUAUGAAUUAUGAUAUAACGUGUUUUGAUACACGACCAUGGUCUAAGAACCCCGGGUUCUUAGACCAUGACACGACCAACAAUGGCCGCUGUGACCAUCCUUAUCGACGAAAUGGAACCAACCAGAGCUUGUUACAUUGAAGCACUUGCUGAUUUCAGCGUAUGCCAAUCUCGUUAUCGGUUGUCAACUUUAGAACCAAUUAAAUUAUUUUAUGGUAUCUGAGAUUUCCAUCAUGCAAAAAAUGUGCCCUCAUUGGCUUUGUCGGUAGUCUUUGUCUUGUAACGUGUAACGUCUAUUGUUAAACCAAUUGUCAAUUGAUUGACGGACUAUUGCACAAUUGAUUUCACAUAGCUAUAGGUGCGAUAAAAACAGUGUUAACUGUUAAAUUAGUUAAAUUACAAGUAUUCUUUGCUCUUUCGGCUGAUGGCUGCUUUAGCUAGAGUCAAGUAAACCCAUUAAAUAAAUCUGGCGUUGUGCACAGACGAAUAUUCAAAUCAAAUGGGAAGAGAAAUAAUAACAGAACUGGAGCUACUUGCUAACCGGAAGGCGCUUGUCACUUUUCAGAUUAUAUUGAUUUAUGAAACAAGUUUGUUGAUACCAUAUUCCGAGUUUUUUUGUCGGACCCUAAAUUCUGCUUCUUUCCAACGGUGAAAUGGCAUCGUUAGUUUCGGAAAUCUUGAUGUCAGCAGGUCAGUUGGAGAAAAGGGAUUUGCAAUCAGAACUGAACAAGGUGAAGAGCAAAAUUGAUGAUGCAAAAUUCCAGGUUUCGAAGUUUGUUGAACAGCAUUACCAGGAUUUUGAUCCGUUGCUUGUUCACUCCAGAGAACUAGCUGAAACCUCAUCUAAACUCAGUGAAGAAGUCCAGCAGUUGGUUGAAAAGGCGGAAACUGAACUCAAGUUUCAGCUGGACAGUUCAACAAAUGAAAUGAACUCUAUCGGAAGUCAGAUUAAUGCCGCCAAGCUUCAAGUACAGCUUCUGGAAAGAGUGUCUCAGCUACACACAAUUCUAGAGAAAUUGAAAAAAAUGCCUGUAGAAGAUAUUAUUCCUUAUGCAGAAGCUAUAGCUGAAGCCGAGUCGAUCCUCGCCGACGCUGAAGACCACAUUGAUACCGAGCUUGACAUUUGGCGUAGCGUCAAGUUUGAAAUCGAAAAAAAUAAAGAUAAGCUCUUGAAACAUCUGGAAGACAGUUGGAACACCGAAAUCCAGUGGACCAAAAAGGAUACACUUAUACAACUGAAACUAAAUUCUGAAAAGCUCAAAGAUGUAUUUCAAGGCCUUGCCAUUAUAGAGCAAUUGGACAGGCCACUUUGUGAAUGGAGUUCCCGUUUGUAUGACGAAAUCCUCGUACCUCUAACUAAAGCUGACACUGUUAUCCAAUUCGAAGACAAUCUUGAAUUAAUGGAAGGCCAACGACCCAUUACCGAGCUAGUAGAACUAGAAAGGGCUGUUGGGAAUAUAAGCCUGACUUUUCAGCACUUGAACAAGCACUUGGAAUUCAAACUUAACGAUGUCCUGGUCCUUCAGUUGAUUGGCAGACAAGUGGCAGGUGACUUUGUUAAGCUAUUCGUCAAAACGUGCUUGAAAUCAACGUUACCUGCCAGCAGUUCAUUACUGUCCAGCCCAGAGUACCGCGCUUCGCUAGAGAAGGUUGUUCGUCUGGAGAAGGAAAUGGUGGAGAUUGGUUUUCUCACGGAAAAAAUGAUAGAAGAAUUCGCUAUCAAUGUGGAUCUCUUUUUCGCCGAUAAACAAUGUUUGGAAAGUUUGUCCUGUGCUCGCCAAUUGAUGUGUCUCGACCUACACGACACUAUUUCUUUAAAGGACAAUGUCGAGCAGACGAUGGUGGAGGAAAACGAAAGAAACAGUGCCGAGACAGCUCAUCUAUGGAAAAUGUUGAGCGAAGGUGGCAUGGAAAUCAAAUGGAGUCCAUUCCGUUUUCCGCCUUGUCAAAUCAGUCGAUCCACUCAAGACCUCAUUGAAAUGUUGACGAAUUUGGUACAGGAGGCUGGAUCGAGCAGCGCCACUGAGCGAAGUUCUGCCCGCCUCUUGUUUACUGUCCGCUCCAUUUGCGAGUUGUACGUGUCGGUCGUGCCUGAAUAUCAUCGCGACGCCUUAAACAAAUUGCCAUUUCACGCUGCCGUGGCGCAUAACAACGGCAUGUACUUGGCCCAUUCGAUUCUGACAUUAGGCACUGGACAUCUCAUCAAAUUGGUACAACAGAAUGGAGUGCCUCUAAUGGAUUUGGUAGGAAAAUUCCGACAGUUGGCUGCCCACAUCUUUUUGGAACACAUGAAAAGUCAACGCGAUCAACUGAUGGCCAUCCUGAAAGAAGCCGGUUUCAAUCGAUUAGAAAGUGAAUCUCGAUUGCCAUCCAGCGUGGAAAAGGCAGGCCGACAAGUUUUGCACCAACUUCGAAAUUUGCAAAAGAUUUGGCAGCCCGUUUUGCCUAACGAAGUGUACUUGAGAGCCAUCGGUACUCUAUCCAACAGUGUGCUGGAAGAGUUACUCCUUCGCAUCACAACCAUGGAGGAUAUUCCAGCUGCAGCAGCAUUGCAGUUGACAGAUCAAUGCCAAAAUUUUAUCAACACUCUGCCCUUGCUUUUCGGCCCAUUUGACGCUGAGAAUUUGGAAGACAAGAAGGAAAUGUUGGCUCUUGUCAUGCAGCACAUUCACCUUUGGUCGAGAUUUGAAGAACUCAAGCAUUUGCUAGGAGCUGGACUGAGGGACAUUGAAGGCCGUUGGUCGUCGGGCAAAGGCCCAUUGGCUGUCCAUUUCGCUGCCGACGAAGUGAAGCAAAUGAUUCGUGCCCUGUUCCAAAAUACAGAUCACCGUGCCGCUACACUCUCCCGCAUUAAAUAAUAUACCCAUAAAUUGCCAAAUAAAAAUAAAAAAUUUACUACCAAA